AUGCCCACAGUUACACUAAACACGAAUCAUUUUAACCUCGAUGUCGGCGGCUUCGCAGGUUUCUUUGGAGGCGAAGAGGCGGUUUCCGCAAUGGAAACUGUGCAUCUCUAUAGAGCAAGACGGUGGACAGGUUGGUACAAUUCCCCGGGCAGCUACAGUGUUGGCAAGCACUAUGGCCAGCUUGCCAAUUCUCGCUUUUGGGACGGAAUGUUUCCAGGACCCAAUGCAGAGCCCACCGUGUACAUAGGGCUGGAUGGAAAGUCCGGCCCUGCAUAUUUCGCAUCCCAGUCCGGCACGUUCCUAAAGCAAACGGGUCACCUUGCAUACCUGUUAAUGCAGAGGUGUAAAGACCAACGAGCCGUGACAGUAGAGGGACGAAAGACAAGGGCUAAUAAAGUCACCAUCUUGGAAAUGCCAGACAUCAAGUUCGACGCUACUGCCGAGAAUAGCCUAACUAUCCGUGCCCGGGAUGGUUUCCACAAACACGUCGCAUUGUUCCCUAUUGCCACUAGCGUUGCAACAUGCAUAAUUUGUGCGUGGGGCGAUGACUGGUAUUGCUUCUCCUUGAUCCUCCUCGGCAUUCUCAUCAACGGCAUCUCGUGUUUUAUAAUCGGCUCUGCAUCUAUAGUCCUCCAGAGUGUCGCCUCCUCUAAAAAUGCACCGCCAGGCGAUGGCAUGUUGAUGGAUGGAAAUCAUGUGAUCGUCGUCCUUGGAAAAGAGAAGAAUGUUAUUGCCAUCACGCAGGGCAAAUUCCAAUUGGACUACAAGCCCUGGACCAAUAACGAAUACGCGGCAAUCGGGAUCUGCUCAGUCCUGCUAGUCGUUCAAUUUCUGACGCAGUUGCUCCUGAUACCACAGGGCAAACUAUUUGGGCAGGUCAUGUUCCUAACGUCCUUCGCUGUGUCAUGGGGGUACAAUCUCUUCUUGUCGUCCAUGGACAAAGAAUACCUGCAAGAGGAAAGGCUCGUCCAGGCGUUGAAUUUGACGGAGGAUCGCAUGAAGACGUACAAACUGGGCACAAGAACGGCCGCAGCUGUUUUCGCUUGCCUGACCCUUCAGCCAGACUGCGAGCAUGAAGAAUGGGAGAACAGAGGUUUUAAGCCACAAGAUAUUCUUCGACAGUUCAUUCCAAACGAGACGCACGUAUGGGCGGUCUGGAGAAAUCAGGUCUUGGAACAGAUGAAAAGCAGCAAGUCGUCCUUGCAAUCUUUUGAUCUUCAGGCUUGUGGUGAUCGCAUAGCUGCGUUCAACGAUGCCGACAAGAGCUUGCUGAGUGACUUGCUCUUGGACGCUCGCACUGCAUACCAGCAGCAUUUGAUAUUGCAGGUUCGGAAACGCAACUUGAUUGGCAGCAUUUCGAGUAGUGUGAAAGCAGAGACAUGGUGA